AUGGCUAUGCAGAAAAUACCAACAGUUGAACAAAGUUUAUUGUGUACUUCUAUUUACAUUAAUAAUUACAAAAGAGUGAUUGAAGAACUGGUGUAUAAUUCACUUGAUGCAGCGGCAUCUUCUAUCGCAAUACGAGUUUGUAUACAAGAAAAUUUUAUUCAAGUAUUGGAUAAUGGCAAUGGCAUUUUAAAAGAUAAUUUUAGCUUGCUAGGGCAAAAAUAUGCAACAAGUAAAUACGUUGACAUUAGAACCUUAAAAUCUGCACCAGAUAAAUAUGGGUAUAAAGGCAUGAGUCUAGCAAGCAUUAUUGAUGUCUCUCGAAAUGUUCAAAUAAUAUCACAAUGUGGAAAAUCGGAUACAACGUGGAUGAAAACAUUCGCUAAUGGUAUAGAGAAAGAAGUUUGUAAGACGAUUUCAAGACCUUCCAAUGGUACCACGGUUGAAAUAAAAGGAUUUCUAUACAAUUUAAAUAUUCAAAGAAGAUCAAUAGAGCCACAAAAUGAAUUGCUUAAUAUUAAAACAUCACUACAACAGUUAUCCCUUGUGCAUUGUAAUGUGUCUAUUAGUUUAAGAGAUGAUUGUAAGAACGAAAUUAUUUUACAAAUUCAUAAGAACAGAACUAUACAUGAUACUUUACAGUCAGUAUUUAAAAUAAGUGAAAAAUAUUUUCAAGAGCUUCAAGUAGAAAAGAAUGAAUAUAAAGUAAAAGCUUUUAUUAAUAAACAUAAUUUAGAAACAAAUAAUGACUACCAAUAUAUUUAUAUUAAUGGCAAGUAUAUCCAUAAAUCAGUUUUACACCGAACAUUAAAUGAAAGUUUAUCUCAUUUUAUUAGUACAGGAAGUAACAGGAGAAAAUACAAGGUGAAGAUCUUAUACACACUUUUUUCAUUAAUCAGUUUCAAAAAUAAUUGUUUUAACCGGACUGUUCCAUUUUAUUUUGUAUUUAUAACAUGUCCGAACUAUGAUUUUGACGUGACUUAUAAUUCUGAAAAAACUUUAGUCGAAUUUAAAGACUGGAAUGAAAUCAACAAACUUAUUGAUAAACUUAUCAAGUUUUACAAUGGUGGUUUAGUAUCAAAGAAAAGAGAUUUGAAUGAAGUAGGUAAUGAGGAAAAGAAAUCAAAUUUAAAGACAGAAGUUAAAAAAAUUAUGAAUUGUAUUUUAAAUAAUAAAAGUAAACAAACAAGAAUUUCGCAACUACAAAAUGGUAUAAAAGGUAAAAUUCGAAAAAGAAGUAGAAAGAAAAAGAAAGCCGUUUCAGGGGUAAAGUUGACAAAUAAAAAUAAUGAAACAUAUGACCCAUGUCAGAAAAAGGACUAUCCUGAUUCCCCUAACGUAGAACAAUCAAAAGACCAGCCAGAGAAACAAGAAUUUAAAUUGAAGAUAUCCAAAAAUACACAAGUGAUUAAUUACGCAAUUAAAGUAUCGAAUCAGCAGGUUCAAAAAAUUGAGAAACCUCCAAUAACAUUUCAGAAAAAUAAAGAUUUACUUAUUAAACAGUUCGAUGAUCCAACAAAGACCGUACGAAAACGGUGUAAAUACUUAAACCGAAGGGUACUCAAGCUACUUGAUAAAAAUGUUUUUAAAGAUCCUUCGCGUUCUGGAUUUUGCUUAGAAGAGAUAGAGCCAUCAAUCAUGAGUGAAAGCAUUGAAAAUAGAAACAAUAAUUGUAAACCCGGAAAUUACAUUGUACAAGAAUCCGAAAGCGACAACGCGGAACAUAUAAUAGAACCUAUCAAUUGUUGCGAAACUAUACUAAGGAGCUGCAACAAUGAACUACAAGAUUUUGAGAAUGAAUUUGAAAAUAGUAUGUCUCCGAUAGCGAAGAAUCAUUGUAAACUUCAGAAUGUGUAUGAAUUUAAUGAUGGCGAGGUAUAUUACGAAGACACGAUUUAUAAACACUUCGUGAAGAAUGUUUUAAUUAAUACAGAAAUUUUCGAACCAGAAGUACAAAAUAUCAAAAAUCUUUUUUUAAAACGCAUUGAGAAAAUCAAUAGUGACAUACAAGACCAAGAUGCUGAUCUAAUAUUCGAUUCUCUGUCGCUAACGGAAGCAAAAAUUUUAGGACAAAUUGAUCGUAAAUUCAUUGCUAGCAUUAUAAAUGCUCGGUCGGCUAAAACUAAUAAAUCUUCCAACUACCUCGUUCUAUUUGAUCAGCAUGCUGUUGAUGAAAGAGUCCGACUUGAAAGUAAUUUAUCUGAUUACAUACAGGACAGUGGCUGGAAAAGUAUUCAUAUUGAUCCUGUAACGAUUGUACUAUGUAAAGACGAUUAUGUUUAUUGUGUGAACCAUAAAGAAAAAUUAGCUCGAUUUGGAUUGCAAUGGACGUUCUCAUCAGAAUGUGAAAUGUUGUUAAAUGCUAUACCAAAUGCGAUUCUAGGGAAGAAUCCGAGACAGGUUGAAAUAGUUAUGAAAGCUGUAAAAAAGUUGAUUUCUGAACAAAUUCAGGCAAUUAAAUCACUAAGAGGUAAUGUCUCGUUAUAUCCGAAGUCUAUAAUGGAACUUGUUUUUAGCGAGGCAUGUAAAUAUGCAAUUAAGUUUGGAGAUAAACUAUCGAAUAGUGAAUGUGCAAACAUGAUAAGUUCGCUUGCUGGUUGCAAAACUCCUUUUCAAUGCGCCCAUGGUCGACCUGCCAUCGCAGUUUUAAUGGAGCUAAGGAAUAAUUAUAAUCAAAGCUAUAAGGUAAACUUAACGAAAAUCAAAACAUUUAAAAAAGUAGAUACCAAAGAUGUAAGCAGAAGAUCUAGUUAG